CAUGUUUCCGAUCUUAAAAUGGAACAGCCGAAGGCAUCACGGAAACAGGAAGUUGAAAUGAUGACAAAUACAUACCUUUUUAUCAUACAUGUAGGUGACAAAAUAUGUCUUCACGAAUUCAGAAAAUUCAGACAUUUAGUUAUAGGAAAUUACAUUCAGUUGAAGGGAAAUUUACACAUUGCGAGAAAAGAAACAAAAGUUGUUGGCAUAGUGAUUUGUGCAUGUUUAAUGACCUUGUUUGACGGCAGCUGUUCCUACCCGUCAUACCAAUCGUUCAUUCCAAAUGGAGAUAAAGUCCCUCACCCCUGCCACCAAAACAAACUUUGGAAUGGUGUCGGACAUGAAUUACCCGGAGGAGGAGGAGCUCUGAAUCCUUUCGGAAUUGAUCUGUAUCAAAACAAAGUAAACACUGGAAAGAUCUGGACUAAAUCUAUAUGUGAAGCUGAUUCGGAUGGGGAUGGUCGCACCAAUGGACAAGAACUUGGAGAUCCUGACUGUAUGUGGACUGAGAAUACCAGUCAGUUGUUCACGAAUUCUACAAUCACCCACCCAGGAAUUUGUGAACCAACAGAUAGCGAAAACUGUAGAAAAAAGAAUAAAUGGUUGAAAUGUGAUGACAAUAAUUUUCAUUGUCCUGCAAUUCAAGAAGAUCCUGAUGUUAAAGAGUUGACAUUGAAAAUUCCAAAAACUAAAGUGCAACACAAAGGCAGUAGAUACGUAUGUACACACCUACAUGUACCAUUGGAUGGAGAUUAUCACGUGAUUGCAGUUAAGCCUCACGUUGAUAACAGACGUGUUGUUCAUCAUAUUCUACUCUUUGGAUGCGAUGCUGUAGAGAAUCAGCCAAGAGUGAACGAGGCACGUACUUGUGAUUCUACUGAAGGACCUUCUUAUUGUCGCUUAGUGACAUUCUGGGGUAUUGGUGUCAAUGGUGAAUGUUUUCCUGAUCAGUUUGGUAUCCCAAUUGGUAAUCACGGCUUUACACGGUUUAUGUUACAGAUUCACUGGCAAAACUCUGAAAAUGAUAUAGUACAAACAGACAGUUCAGGGAUGACCUUGUAUUACACUCCAGCACUGCGAUUAUAUAAUGCUGCCGUUUUAACUGUCGGUCAGUCUAUGUUUCAUUUGGGUCCUGGACAAUCUGAGGUCAAAGUUGAAGGGAACUGUACCGGACGAUGCACGAAACGUGAAUUUAAAGGACCUAUAUACAUCCAUUCUUCAGCCAACCACAUGCAUACUUUAGGUCGAAAACAAAGAGUAGAACUAUAUCGUAAUGGGUCAUUAAUUAAUAUAAUCUCAGAUCAAGAUCAUUUUUCAUUCCACAGACAACACAUAAAAAAACACAAUUCACCAAUAGAAAUACAACCUGGCGAUGACUUGCGAGUUACCUGUACUUAUGACACAACUUCUAGGAACGAAACAACAUCGUUUGGAGAGGGAACGGAGCACGAAAUGUGUUUUGCCUUUUUAACCUUUUACCCUAUUGAGAAUGUACAUUCUAAUUUCAUGUGUUACCAAUGGCUUAAAUUUCCUCAUUGUCUUAUUCGUGAUGUAGAGAAUUUGUGGGGAAAUGUGAAGAAAAACCUGCUUUUAAAAAUUGGGAUAAAGGCUGCAAUGAAUUCUUUACUGAAUCAGUACACGAAUAAGAAACUUAUUAAUUCAGUCUUAGAUCCAUGAUUAUUUAAUUAGAAGUUAUUGACUUUGAACUAGCUGUCAGUAGCUAAGACUACUCUAAGAUCUGUACUAAUUAGUGUCUAUUUGAUGUUGGCCACGUACAAGUACCCAGCCACGUCCAGUCCGGAUUUUUGUUAGAUUUAUUUUUGUUUGAAUCCAUCAGAUGAGUUUAUUCUUGUUCAAAUGAUUUGCAUAGUUCGUUCUUAUGUUGUACCGUAACAACACUUUCCCAGGUUAGUGGGAGGUUUGGAACCCGCUAACAUGCUAAACCCCGCCUGUAAUUCAAUGGUUGUUGUUUGUUGAUGCGACAGUGAUGUAGCAGCACAUCAUAUUAACAAACUUUAAAAAUCAAUUUGUCCAACUUAAGAUCGGUAGGAGGCAGACAAAACAAUAUAAUGUCAAACAAUAGACACGAAGCAUCGAAAUAAGAGAACUCGCCGUUACUGAACUAGUUCAACGCCAAUUACAAUUAAUUACUAUAGUAGGCUAAAAUAGCAAUAAGUACACAUCCAACGGAUUUAAUGUGAGGACGUCGUAAAUAGUCUAAGUAACGAGUUAUCAGUUUCUUCAUGAUUACAAAAUGUAUUACCAUCUUUAGUUGCUAUACAGGGAAUUCUUAUACAUACGGACAUAUUUUUUUGUUAUAAAACACCCAUGCAACCAGUGCACGCAUAAUAUAUUGACUGAUAUAUAUAUACAUGAACCGACACUAUUUUAGUGUUUUGGCAGAAAGAAAAUCUUGGGAUGGUCAUCUUAAGAGGCAUUAAGAUCAUAAUAUUAUUUGAUAUGAAAAUGUAUAUAUUGCUAUAUUUAUGUUUCAAUUCUUCAUCAAUAGAUUUAGUUAUUAUGCCAGAUACGCCAUCAUCAGGAGUUUAACUUUCAAUUUUAUGUUAAAGAGUUUAACAU